AUGGGUCUUCCGCGCGAGGCUCCGCGCGGGGGCCUGGACAACGCGCGCAACGCCUUCCGCGGAGUGCGCCAGCGCAAGUGGGGCUCGUGGGUGGCGGAGAUCCCUCACCCGCGCCUCCGAACGCGCGUCUGGCUCGGAUCCUUCCGCACGGCGGAAGCAGCUGCACGGGCUUACGACCGCGCUGCUCUCAAGCUGCUCGGUCCUUCCGCUGCUCUCAACUUCCCGCAACCCCAGGAGGCGGCUUCCCCGGACAGCCCCACCUUGGGAGUUACACCUGAACCCUCGGAGCCGCUAGGGUGUGGAGAGUUGGGUGCUGUAUGGCCGGAAACCCCAGGCCACGUGCGAGCCCUCCCCGCUGGCGCUUCCCCUACAGCUGGCCCUGCAGCCGCCCCUGCAGCCGCCCUUGUCGCUGUUCCUGCCGCUGCCCGUGCCGCUGCCCUUGCUGCUGCCACUGAAGUCGCCACGCCUGACGCUUCUCAGGCCAAAGCGCGUCUCCUGGCAUCACAGUGCGGCCCAGAUAGCAAGAGAAGAGCCCGUGACAGCAUCACAAGAACCCUGCACGUUGCUGGGAGGGACGCGAUGAAACCCCUUACGCCACCCGUGCUGUCCCCGCUGGCCCAUCCGAGCACAGCAGCAGCAGCAGCAGCAGGCGUUUUGGCGUCGCCUCUGCCUCCCGUGACCAGCUUCGCUUCCCUUCUUUCCUCGACUGCACGCCCCUUCAGUCCCACAGCCGACCCUGCCCUUGAAACCUGCACAAACUUCUCUGCAAUGGCUGCGAUGCUGCCACAGAUGCUGCCACAGGUGCUGCCACAGGUGCUGCCACAGGUGCUGCCGCCAUACCUAGACAGCAUGGGAGCAGAGACGGGUCAUCAAGCAACAGCUAUCACAGUCACCACUGGCGUCACUGCAUGCCCCGUUGCUGCUGCUGGAGAAAAGCUACCGUCCCUCCCAGGCCGUUUGCUGGGGACGACUUGCCCUGAUGCUGCUUCUGGGAAGGUGCUGCCGUCCCUCCCAGGCCCUGUGCCGUCCCUGUCAGGCCCUGUGCCGUCCCUCCCAGGCCAUGUGCCGUCCCUGUCGGGCCAUGUGUCGGCGUGUGUAGCUGCGCUGGCGGCUCUGGGUGCUAGCGUCUUGCUCAACGCACCUGUGCCUGCUGCUCUGACUGCAUCCCCUGCUGUUGUCCCUGUCACUGCUCUGGUCACUCCUGUCUUUCCUGCUGCGGCUGCUCCUCCCCCUCUUUCUGCUCCUCCUCCUGCUGCUCCUCCUCCUCCUCCUGCUCCUCCUCCCCCGGCUGCUCCUCCUCCUGCUGCUCCUCCUGUCACUCCUGCUGAAGCCACACCAGCACAGGCAGCAGCAAUGCACAGAAGCUAUUCGACGCUGCCCCUCCCUCCCACUUCACCCUGCAUCGUCCCAUCCACUUGCCUCUCCGAACCACUCACUCCUCAGAACCGCAAUGCACGCCUCCAUCCCGCCACCACAGGUACCUGCACUCCUUCUCCUGCCGCAGCCACCGGUGCCAGCGCCAGCGCUGCUACAAGAAAGAGGUCAUGGGAGCAGGUUGCCAUGCCGAUACAGUCACACGUGUCGCACAUGUCACACCCGUCACACCAGGCAGCUCCUACAGUCACACCACUGGACGGCGCUGCUACAAGAAAGAGGUCUUGGGAGCAGGCUGCCAUGCCCAUACAGUCACACCAGGCAGCUCCUACAGUCACACCAUUGGACGGCCAGCUGGCGGCUUUGCUGCGGGAGAUGGAGGUGGAGGAGGAGAGACGGGUAAUGGAGGCUUCAUGGGUUGAGCAGUCAAAGCAGGUCGAGACGCUGUUGCUGAAACUUGAAGAGCAGGAGAGAAAGGAAAGAAGGAUUUCGAGCGGUGAGCAAGCAGGGCAGGUUGGACCAUUGCUGCGUAGAUUCAACAGCCCUCCGCAGGUGCAGCAUGAGGUGCAGGCAGCGGUGCAGUUGCGGGUGCCUUUGCCUCAGAUUCGCCCAGCGCAGCAAGUGCAUGCGCCAGCUCAGCAGCACCCACCACAGCAUGUCCAUGUGCCAGCUCAGCAGCCAUCCACAAAUUCCACGCUGGACUCUUUGCUGCAGCAGCUGGAGGCGACACAGCAGUAUGAGAUGAUGCUUCUGGCUCAGGCGAUUGAAGCACAGAGGAUGGUGGAAGAGCGGGUUUCUGCUCUUCAGCCUAUGGUUUUGCCCGCGCUGCCCCAAUUUCAGCCGGCUGUGCAGGUCUUCUCCGUGUCACCACUUGCGCCUCCUCGUCAUCAGUCCAUGAAUUCAACGGUGUUGCUCAAGAAAACCAUACAUCACGCAAUGGCGAACCGCGCCCAGCGUUACUACUCCCCUACAACUGCGCGAACCACGGCGCAGCGUUUUUCAAUCUUCAGCGAUCGCGAUCUCGAUCUCUAUCCCGCGCCGCACUGGGGAGAAGAGCAGCAGCCGUCCGUGUUGGACGCAUCGUUUGCGCCGUCUCGUGCCGCGACGAUGCUCUCUGCCUGCUCCGCGCAACAUCAGGCUCCCCGCGCCACACCCGCCGCCUCCGCUCCUCCGAGGAGUUCCGCGAGUCGAGGAAGUCCCCCCUCCCCUCGCCGCGGGGACGCGCCUGCGUCUGCCCACCGCCGUGCGCUUUCCGCCGCGGACGUGUGCGGAAGCCGCCAUUUGCUGCCCUCGCCUCCCCGCGGAGACAAAGCCGCCACCUGCGCGUUCCGCCGCCGCCGCCACCAACUCGCAGCUUCCAAGCAACCCUCCUUCACGGCCGCAGCCACCACGGCCUUCGAAACUCGGGCAUCAGCAAAAACGUUCUCCGCACGACCUGCCAGCUCAAGGCCCGCGAGGAAGCAGCGUGCAGAUGGUCAACGCGAAAAAGGCCAGGACGAUGCUGAGGGUACCCCGUCGCCUCGGGUGUUCGCGAGGAGCAAAGCGUAUUCAACUCCUGCGACUGUGGUGGCCCGGGGCCAGCACACACUUGCGCGUCAAGGAAAGCUGGACUACCAAGUGAUAUGCGAGGGCCUUCUUGCUGCGGAUGGUCCCCCAUGCCCAUGGUCGCCAGGCCGGAAGCAGCGCCAGUGCUGCCAGUGCAGUGCUCCUUCCUCUCCUCGUUCCCCGCUGCCCUGCUCUAUGCCUGGUAGUACCAGUGGUGCUCUCACCUCCAGCGGUGCUCUCACCUCCAGCGGUGCUCUCACCUCCAGCGGUGCACUCACCAGCAGGCAGGCAGGGGCUGAGGAAGGGAGUUACCAGCCAGUGCGGGUCAGGCCGUGCCUCACUGCUCCCCCCACCGCGUGCAGCUUAGAAGCACGCUCGCCUAGCAGGAGCCCCAAGCGUGUGAGCUUUGUCAAAUACGUUGAGAUUCUGAAAUUUGUUGCCUAG